AUGCCCAACACUCUACCGGCCGUCAUACUGGCCUCAAGCAUUGUACAACUCAUUGACUUCUCCACCAACAUACUCCUAGAGGAUCACACCAUCUUUCCAAGCACGGACGGAUCAAUUCCAGAGAACCCCGCAGUACUCCAGCAUAUCGCAAACAAUCUCACACGACUCAGCUCACAAAUUCAACGGAGUGACCCGAGGAAGUUGCGUGCGGACUCCAAAGGCGCGAAGCUAGGGGAAGCUGCGCGGCAUCUCCUUAAACUUGGCGAGGAGACGAAUGAGACUGCGAAACCUCUUAUUGAUGCAAUUCUGCAGGCGCAGGCAAGCUGCUUGUAUGGCGAUCCGAGAUGGACGACCACAAGAGAGGCGGUGCUCACCAUGUGGAAAGAGAAGGACGUUACAAGUAUGCAGAAGAAGCUUCAGGUAGUAAGAAAGCAGGUUGAUGCGACACUCCUCCUUGCCUUACGGCAAUACAUUGAUCAAUCGUCGGAGAAGGGCUUGCUCCCUUUCAGUAUCGACGGCUCUGGAGCCCACCCUCGAGAACGAUGGCAGCAGGAGACCCUGGACAUAAUCCGCACUAACGACUGGAAGCCGAAGAACAAAACCCACGUUGAAGAGUUCUCUGAGAAAGUCAACUCGCUAAUUCUUGCUGAGAACGAAGCACAGUUCUACGAUGAUAUCUUUGCAAACCUCCAUUUUCCUGAGCAAGACGACCGACUCUAUAGCAUCGGUGCGCCAGUUAAAGGGAGCUUUAGAUGGAUGUUCGACGCCCGACAUCAGAAAGAAGGUAGCUUCCUUGAUUGGCUAGGCAACACCAGCGGACAGAAUUUAUUUUGGAUCACAGGCAAGCCAGGUUCCGGCAAAAGCACACUCAUGAAAUACUUGUUCCGCAACGAACGCCUUUUCGCAAGACUGGAAAAUUGGUCAGGAGACUCACCCGGUAUUCUAACCGGAUUUUUCCUUUGGAAUUGCGGUACCAAUCUACAGAAGUCGCCCGUAGGGCUUCUAAGAUCAUUACUCUACGAAACCCUCCAGGAUAUGAUACACGGCCCGCUCGAGGAAGACCCUGUGAUUCUUCAAAAGCUUUUCUCAGACCGCUGGAACCAGUUCAGGUCAUACGGUGGAGGCAUGCAGAGCUUUACCUUUUCGCAACUCGAGACGGCAUUCGAGCUCUUAGUUUCCGAUGCAUCAAACAAGUUCCUCCUGAUGAUAGAUGGGCUUGACGAACUUGAAGGUACUUCAACCGAGCUAAUCGACCUCAUCUUACGGACUGUCCAGCGUGCCAACGUCAAGAUAUGCCUUUCGAGUCGGGAUACAUCGAUCUUCCGAACGGCUUUCAACAAUCGACCUACGCUUACGCUCGAAGAGUGGACGAGGAAGGCGACACUAUCAUACGUCUUGCGCACCUUCGACGAGAAUGACACAAUGUUCAACAUGGCUAGCGAAGAAUCCGACGGGACCGCCGAAAGGGCAAUUGUCAAUACCAUUGUCGACAAAUCCUCGGGUGUAUUUCUGUGGGUGACCUUGGCCACAGACUUUUUAGUCCAGAGUACGUCCGAAUUGGACGAUGUUUCGUUGAUCCGAAUGCGAGUAGAUGCUCUGCCAUCCGAUCUCGAAGCAUUGCUGUCUCAUAUCCUCGACAGUCUGGAGAUGAGAGACCGCGAGCAAUCUUCGCAUCUUUUCCGGCUUGUCGAUGCACAUGGAUACCCGGGCCUCUUGCCACUCUGCUUUGCAAACGACACCGACACAAAGUCCAGCCUUACAGUGGAGGUGCGGCCACUAAAUCACUCUGAGCUGCUCCCGAGGAUCGAGUCAUUGCGGAACUUGCUCAAAUUUAAAUGCAAAGGCUUCCUCACAAUGUUUGAAGCCGUGCCUCCGGAUGAAGCUUCAUCCGACGCUGCGAAUCUCACGAACUUCAAGGUCAACUAUAAGCACCGUUGCAUCAGAGAUUUCAUGCGAUCCAAGUCUAGCCAAAGCCUAACGCGACAAGCCAUAGGUUUCGAGUCCUUCAAUACCGACGAGCAUUGGGCAAACGCAACCCUCUGGACGCUUAAGACCCUUCCACCUAAGGAAGAUAACAUGCCGAUCUGGGACCACGUAGCAGAUUGCGUAGAAUAUGCUCUACGGCUUGAAGAUGCCGACAAAAAAGUUCGCCUCACUUACCUCGAGGAGGUCGCCCAUGUCAUCAGGAGCCACAAAGACCUCCCCGUCAUGGACUUCCCACGCGGCCCGGCCGUAGAAUCCUUUCUCGAUCUAGCUAUCUGGCUAAACCUAUUUGGCUACAUAGCCAUUAUAGCGAAGAGGGUAGAGAGGAGAGAGGUCAGACAUGCAUUUGAGUAUCGGAGGCAGAUGAGGAAGAGGCUGUUGUUCGGUGGCGAAGAGAAGUGUCUGGGCGGCAGGAAAAUGUUGAAGGAGGUGUACAUGAGGCCCGCGCCUGAGUUGGAUUCGCUACUCGAAUAUUACACUAAGGUGGUUAGGAUUGGAACGCCAAAGCCAUCCGUAGAGAUCCCGAACUGGGUGUAA